AAGAUGUACGCGAUACUAAUUACAACAACGACGAUGCAGAAGAUGUACGCAAUACUAAUCACAACAACGACGAUGCAGAAGAUGUACGCAAUACUAAUCACAACAACGACGAUGUAGAAGAUGUACGCAAUACUAAUCACAACAACGACGAUGUAGAAGAAGAACCUGAUAAGCAGUCCGAAGGUGAUGCUUACAUGUUCAACAACCAUAUAGAUGAAUUUACUGAUAAUAUAUCAAAUAAUAAUCAUGAAACUGAAUACAACGGAUUCG